AAGAUCGGAGAUGACGCGACUACUCACCUUGAGCACCUUUGUCGGCUUGAUAUCCGCGAACCACCUCAUAUUGUUCGGAAGACAGGAAUAAUUUGUACAAUUGGGCCCGCAUGUCGCAGUGUAGAAAUGCUUCAACAGAUGAUUCAAAAUGGUAUGAAUAUCGCUCGCCUCAAUUUCUCUCAUGGUACUCACGAGUACCAUGCAGGGACGAUAGCUAAUAUUCGCGAGGCUUGCGAAUCGUUCCAUGAAGUUCGUCAAAUUGGAAUCGCUCUUGACACCAAAGGUCCCGAGAUCCGUACUGGUCUCUUGGUCGGAGGAGCUUCAGCUGAGAUUGAGCUCGUUAAAGGCGGAUCGAUUAUACUCACUACCGAUCCGAAGUUCAAGGAUUCUAGCACCGCUAUUAAUCUCUACGUUGAUUACAAAAACAUAGCAAAAGUGGUAAAAGAAAAGUCUCGUAUCUUUGUCGACGAUGGUCUAAUCUCACUAAUCAUCGACGAAGUCAAGGAUGACGCUGUAGUCUGUACAGUGGAGAAUGGUGGAAUGCUUGGAAGUCGCAAAGGUGUCAACUUACCUGGGACAAUUGUUGAUCUUCCUGCCAUUUCAGACAAAGAUAUCCAGGAUCUAAAAUUUGGCGUGGAACAAGGAGUCGAUAUCGUUUUCGCUUCCUUCAUUCGCAGUGCCGAAGGUAUUCGAACCAUUCGUAAGGUUUUGGGUGAGAAAGGUAAAGAUAUCAAGAUCAUUGCUAAAAUCGAGAACCAACAGGGUAUGGAUAAUGCUGAUGAGAUUAUCAGUGAAUCAGAUGGCAUAAUGGUAGCUAGAGGAGAUCUCGGAAUAGAAAUCCCUGCAGAAAAGGUGUUCCUCGCCCAGAAGAUGUUGAUCGCAAAGUGCAAUAGAGCUGGAAAACCAGUUAUUUGUGCAACGCAAAUGCUUGAAUCUAUGGUGAAGAAACCUCGUCCCACCCGAGCUGAAGGAAGUGACGUCGCCAAUGCCGUUCUCGACGGAGCUGAUUGCGUGAUGCUUUCAGGAGAAACAGCAAAAGGGGACUACCCAAUCGAAGCUUUAAAAAUAAUGCAUUUUAUCUGCAGGGAGGCGGAAGCUGCGAUAUACCAUCGUAAGUACUACGAAGAGCUGCUUGCGAACACCCCGCGUCCAACGGACAUGACACAGACCAUUGCCAUUGCCGCCACUAGCGCGGCUCUCAGUUGCCAUGCGUCUGCAGUUCUUCUUAUCACCACUACUGGCCGGUCCGCAUUAUGUUGUUCACGGUACAAAAUCCCUGUCCCAGUUUUAACGAUUUCUCGCAGCGCAGCUGUCUGUCGUCAGUUGCAUCUUUACAGAGGAAUCUUCCCCAUUCACUACGACAAGCCACGCUGCAAUGACUGGCCGACCGACGUCGACAACAGAAUUAACCACGGCAUAGAAAUCGGGAAGGAUAGAGGCUUCAUUCACAAAGGAGAUUUAUUAGUGCUUAUUACUGGUUGGAAGCAAGGAGCUGGCUUCACCAACACUCUACGUAUCAUUACCGCAUCGUAA